AUGACAUCCACCCACUCAUCCCACCCUGCCCCGCUCCCAUACACCCGACUCCCUGACUUGACAGGGUCCACUGUCGAGAACGGCAAGCUCAAGCUCGUCGAGCUUCUCGGCCCACGGCUCAUUUGCCAAGGUCUACAAGGCUCUGGACAACCAAUCGACUGCAUCAUCCGUGGCACCCAUCCACUACGCCGUCUCUGGCCUGCCGGCGUCGUGGCCUUGCACCGCGCCUUCGUCGAGGGCGAGCACGUCUUUGUCGUGAUGGAGCUCUGCGACACGGACCUGAACCGCUUCGUCAUCGAGCACAAGGACUGUGACGAGCAGUGCGACGUUGCGAAGCGGGUGUUCUUGGACGUGCUUGAUGCCGUCGAGACAUGCCACGCUGAGGGUGUGUUCCACCGGGACCUGAAGCCCGGGAACAUCCUGUGUGACGCCGACGGCAAGAACAUCCGAAUCGCCGAUUUGGUGUUGCGACUCGGUCUGAAGAGUCGAAACAGUUCGGCAAAACAUGGACAAGACUCGAGACACAUACUCCCCUCGCGGGACGGAUGCUGGUCUCUGGGUGUGAUCCUCAUCGCCCUCAUGACGAGCAGCCUUCUUUGGAAGGCACCCGUCGAGUCCGACGACACGUACUGCGCGUACCGCGCGGACCCCGCGCACUUCUUGCGGGGGACGCUCGACCUGAGUCCUCAUUCAGCUCGCUCGCGAACCGGAUCUUCGAUCCCAAUCCGGCGCGCCGGCCGAGCAUUCCAGAGCUGCGCACGGAGGUCGAGGCGAUGGACACAACCCACUGCACAAGCCGCAGAAGAGCAAGUGCCGGGCGACGCCGCCUCCGGUGGAUAG